UGUAUUGGAACACUGUAUGUUAAAAACACCGUUUUCUUUUCCCUUCCAUACACGCGUCAUGUUAUUAUUCCUCUUCGCGCAUUCACAUUAAAUGCAUAUUUUACAAAAAUGUGUGCGUUAUACGUCAAGUAUACAUUAGUGUUAUGUGCAGUGUGCAACAAAGGAAGUUGCGCUUGUUUUAACGCGUCAGCCACAUAUUAAUAUCAUACGAGUCAAUAUGUCUUAAUAUAUAUUUUACGAAUCACCGCCCAUAAAAAUAUUAUACCACAUUACCCCAACAUAGGUAAUAGUAUAUUAUAUACGUAUAGUGACCGGAUACGAUGAUCGACCGUGGAUUUUGGUUUGGCUGGUACUGCAGGAGACUGCGAUCGACGGACUAGGUAUACACGUCAGGACGCCGCGCCGCAUAACCGUCAACGUCUCCGAUCGACAUGUCAAUUAUUUGCUGAGACGAAAAACGUGUUAAUAAUUAAUUCGAUCGAUCGGUGUACUACUUCAGACGUCGUGUCUGGUGUACAGUGUCCGGCCGGUCCAUUCGCACACUUCUGAGCGAUGGAAGCGGACACGGAAAAUGUCGCCGAGAAAUCGUCGCGGAAAAACGUUCGGCGCGAGGCCACGACCGUCUGGCAACGGUUGGUGUCGUACAUGUUCGAGCCCGAAAACGGAGAGUGUCUGGCCGCGUUGCGCAUAGCUUUCGGUCUGCUGAUGAUGAUCGACACGAUGGAUGAACGUGGUUUCUGCCAGGCCGAAAAACGAUGGAUGGAACCCAUGAAGUGCUAUUUUCCACUUUUCGACUUUGUCAAACCGCUGCCCGGCCGAUGGAUGUGCCUGGCGUACGCGGCAAUGUUUUCCGGAGUGCUCGGCGUGAUGACCGGUUUCCACUACCGGAUUAGUUGCGCCGUAUAUGCGAUCCCUUACUGGUACAUAUUUUUGGCCGACAAGAGCUCAUGGAACAACCAUUCGUACCUGUUCGGACUGCUGAUCGCUAUUUUCUCCGUAACAGACGCUCAUCGCAACUGGUCUGUGGACAGAUGGCUUCGGCGAAAAAUGCCGCUGGACGCGCCGUCGUUGGUGCCCCGUUGGAACUAUCUACUGCUCAGGAUACAGUUUUUCAUCAUGUACUUCGUAGCUGGCCUAAAAAAGUUUGAACCUGAUUGGCUGUGGGGUUACUCGAUGAUGUCGUUGGGCCACCAUCACGUGUUUACCCCUUUCAGGUACUUUUUCUCAGCUGAAUUCAUAGAUCAUUGGAUAGUGCACGUCGGAGGAUUCCUCAUCGACUUGUUUUCGGGAUUUGGGCUGUGUUUCCGGUCUACUCGACCGUUCACCAUCAUCGUGCUGCUUGCAUUUCAUGGCAUGAACGCAACCAUGUUUACCAUAGGUAUGUUUCCAUACGUUUGCGCUGCGAUGAUACCAGUGUUUUGCGAUCCAGCGACGAUGUCUAAGAUGUUGCGGACCAUUGUUGAAUCUGUCUGGAACGACAAAUCUGCACCAAAGUCUGUCGUCUACAAACCACCGACGCGAACCAAACAAAACGCCAUCGUCGCAGGAGUGUGCGUGUACACAGCUUUGCAGUUGUUUUUGCCAUACUCGCAUAUAGUGACACAGGGUUACAACGGAUGGCGAAACGGAUUAUACGGAUAUUCUUGGGACAUGAUGGUGUAUAACGUGGACGUGGCCAAGGUACAAAUAAAGGUGUUGGACCACGUGCGCCGUGAACAAUUCUACUUAGAUCCGAGCGGCUGGACGGACAACAACAAGUGGAUGUUGCACGGCGAUAUGUUGAAGCAGUUUGCGGGGUGCGUGGCAGCCAAUAUGCCCGACAGACAUGACAACAUGUCCAUCACAAUGGAUAUUUGGGGGUCUCUCAACGGCCGGUUCCACCAGCGACUGGUUGACCCAAACGUGGACCUAUUGCACGCCCCUUGGUCACCCUGGUCAUCCGUGCCUUGGCUAUUGCCAUUGAUCCGGCACUUGGACUGGUGGCGGCCUUGGAUAGUGGACGCAAAACGCAGCACCGAAAACGAUCUACUAUUUUUCGCUGAUUUCCCCGGUAUGAUUGUGAGGAACUUCGCGGACGACCGGGAAGACACCACCACCACGUUGGCCGUGCUCGAGGGUGCCGUUGCCGUCCAUGAAUCGUGGACCAGUGGCGAAGACGAUGACGGUGCAGUGCGACUGGUGUCCGGUGAAGCGAUGGAAGUGACUGGCCGUCAUGUAGUGACCACCGUGAGUGCGACGCCGUCCUGUUACGUGUUUGCAGCGACGGUGGAUAGCGGUGGCGAUAGUGUUGGUGGCGGUGGCGGUUGCGAUGUCAGUGGUGGCAGUGGCGACAACGGAGGAGUAUCGACUCGGCCAGCUGCAGUCGUCCACGAUCGCCCUGGCUGUUCGGAGGCUUGUUAUGCGUUCGUGUUUCACGCCAUAAAAGACGCGUUUUCCGCUUUUUUUUCCCGCACCGCUGUCUGACUGCAAGCGGUUGCAACAUGACUUCUCGUGGAGUAUAUCUAAUCCUAUUAGAAAUGUCGGUAGUUUGCCGUUUGAUCAACGUUAUUAUCACAGAAACUGAACUUUAAUCUUUGUGCAUACCUACCCAUUUAUUUAAAUAAAAAAUAAUAAUAUAUUAUA